GUUUACGUCAGCAGCUGCGGCAAUAUAACUAGACAAGACGAUGCAGGUGUUUAUAGGAUGAGCCUCCCACUGAUUCAGUACCUAUACAAUAGCAGUAUUUGUUCAUGAACAGUUACUGUAGGGAAGUCAUUAUAGAAUAUCUGGCACAAGCUGGGAGAAUUCCUUGACUGCUUGUGGUCAUCUUUAAUCUCGGGACUACAAGGAUUUGUUUGGAAAUCACUGUUAGAUUCUCCUUGCUCCUGAGAUCUGAGAUCUCCAUGUUAUCUUAAGUUGUGGAAGGAGCUAUAGACUGAGAAAAUUGAUGUCAUCAUAAGUGAGCGAUAUUCACUGAACAUGUUCCUGUGGUCAGUUAUUCUGACUACAAUGAUAUAUGCCAGCUUGGCCUGCAAUCCAGACUUCUGCAUAGGUAGAGCAGAGGGCGAGUUUUUCUGUGACCCUGCUGACAGUGCCUCCUACUAUCGGUGUGUUUUUAGCAAAGCCUUUCACUUCACCUGUGGGGCUGGUACUGUUUAUGACGGUAGAACAUGUAACUGGCCGAACACAGCAUGCAUAACUAGCCCUGUGCCCGACCCCGUGCCAGGUGAGGUUGUAGGCGGGAUCUGUGUACCCAUUGCGGGAACAGGCACAACCGGAAGUGCUGGUAAUAUUGAAACCACUCUUGCCAUCGAAACUACGGAAACGACCGGAAGUGCAAGUAGCCUCGGAACCACGGCAAUGCCGUCCAGCACUGAAGGUAGCGAACAAGGUGUAUUCUGGGGCUUCUAUAGAAGGUAUCCAAACACGAGGAGCACAUGUACACUGACACAGAAGAUCCUGGUGGCCAGGCCGAUACCAUGUGGGUCUGCAUGUUCAAUCACAGAAGGCUGCACUGGGUUUAAUCUUUACAGAUCUCCCAGUAACGUGGUGGGCGGCAAGCGCUAUGAAUGCGAGCUACUCAAAUGUCAGAAUGAUCACAUGCUAUCUGGCAUAGCAGGACACCACUAUUAUGACCAACUGUAGAAAGCUAACAGUCAUUACCCUUUACACAUACGCCAGGUGACUGGGGUGUUGUGCUGGCGUAGGAAGAGGACCUGGCAUACGAAGAUGACUGUACCGGUGGCUUAAAAGAAUUAUAUUUUAUGGUUAUUUCAAAUCAAUAUAUGUGAUACAUUUGAACAAAUAUGUGAACUUUGGGAACAGGACAUAAAGACAUAAAGUAAACUUUCCUAUGGACACCAAUUGUACACCUCCUUGAUGAUCCUUGUUUUAUGCACACGAGUCUGAGUUUCCUUGUCAAAACAAGGGAAUUUAGCCAAGACGUUGGGCUACGCUUUGGGUGUAUCGAUGAUCUGAUAUCGUUCAAUACUAGUCAUAAAAACAAUUCCCUUCCCCUGUUUUACCCACCGGACCGAGACACGAUGGAGAAUAUGUUUUCGAGUUUUUGUAUUGGGUGUACAGUCGACUCACCUUUGCUGCGGAUUUCUCACUAAUUAAUCAAUAAAUUUUGAUUCUUUGCAAAAACGUGACAUUCACACCUCUAAACACACAGUACCACGUAUUUUAGUAAAUGUUCACAUCCUGUUGAAUAUUGACUAGAAUCCUUCCUCUCAUUACAACAUAAUCUAACAAAGGUCUCGCUUAGGCCUUCAACACUGAUGUCGGUAUUCUGUUACUUAUAUGUGCUUUUUCUUUGAUUCAGUGACAAGUAUUCAUUUCACCGUCGUUCAGGAAGCUUAUGUGUGUAGUUUACCGUACAUCUAAACACCUGUUAAUAGUGAUUAAAUAUCAACAGGAUAGGCCCAUUUAUAAAAAAGGCAAGAAUAGGUGAAUCCUAAGUACGUAAUGUUUAUGUUCGAUUGAUUUUUUUUAUCAAAAAUGAGGGAAGUAUUUACCCUUGGUGCUGCUUUGAAUGUGUUAAUGCCACACUUAACUUGUACCUUAAAGCUCUGCUAGAAAUGUAUUACCAUGUAUCACCUUUGUACAGAAAUGUCAGGCAAAAGAGGAAAUCAGAUGGAAGGAAUGUGUU